UCAUUUAUGUUUCUUGUUCGGGGCUUCUGAUUGGCUAUACUCAUGGCGAUGAUGGUGCCUGAUCUUAGUUUCUCAGCAUCUAUCUCUAGUGUGAAGCUCCCAAGGUACGGGGCAUCAAAGAAUGAGACAUUCUUGGUUAAGAGAUCUCCUACAUUCCGUGCAGAGGUUAGACAGGCGGAAUCUGAGAAAUAUGGUACUAAUGGCCGUGUAACAAAGAUGGUCCCAACAAGUGAGUUGAGGAGGAACAAGGCUGGUGGCAUUGUAAGACCAGGGACAGUUAAUGGCUCUCCAAAUGGUGCUAUCAACGGCUCGACCAAGGCGGCCAUUAACGGUUCUCCUAAGGUCGUAGUCAAUGGCUCGGCCAAAGUGACCAUUAAUGGUUCUCCGGAGUUGGCUGUUAACGGGACUAGUUUGGUGAAAGGCAGCAAGAUGUCCUCUCUAGUUAAGACCCAAAAGAAAAUGGGACAGAAAGAUACUCCCUUCGAAGAGGAACUGAAGGUUUUGCCCUCUGAUGAGGGAUUCAACUGGGCCAAAGACAAUUACAACUCUUGGCAGAGGAGCGUAGAUAUAUGGUCUUUUGUGCUUUCUCUUAGAAUCCGUGUUCUAUUCGACAAUGCAAAAUGGGCUUAUGCCGGUGGAUUCUCAGAAGAAAAGCAGAAAAUUCGAACGGGAAAAACUGCUUCAUGGUUAAGAGAACAAGUAUUGCAGCUUGGCCCAACAUUUAUCAAGCUUGGACAGUUAUCCUCUACAAGAUCUGAUCUGUUUCCAAGGGAAUUCGUUGAUGAGCUUGCAAAAUUGCAGGACAAAGUGCCUGCAUUUUCUCCUGAGAAGGCAAGAGCUUUCAUAGAGAAGGAAAUGGGUUGUCCAAUUGAAAUUGUGUUCAAAGAAUUUGAAGAUCGUCCAAUAGCUGCUGCCAGUCUUGGUCAGGUACAUCGUGCAAUUCUUCAUAAUGGAGAAAGAGUUGCAGUGAAAGUCCAGCGACCAGGGCUCAAAAAACUUUUUGACAUUGACCUAAGGAAUUUAAAGCUAGUAGCUGAGUAUUUUCAGAGAAGUGAAACAUUUGGAGGCCCUUCAAGGGACUGGAUUGGCAUUUAUGAGGAAUGUUCCAAAAUUUUAUAUGAAGAGAUUGAUUACAUCAAUGAAGGAAAGAAUGCAGACAGGUUUCGCCGGGAUUUCAGAAAUAUAAAGUGGGUUCGCGUGCCACUUAUCAUGUGGGACUACACAACUGAAAAGGUGUUAACACUGGAGUAUGUUCCCGGUAUCAAAAUAAACAAUUUGGGUGUGCUAGACAGCCAGGGCUAUAGUCGCUCACUGAUUGCCUCUCGUGCAAUAGAAUCUUACCUGAUUCAGAUAUUGAAGACUGGAUUCUUCCAUGCUGAUCCUCAUCCUGGAAACCUUGCUAUAGACAAGGAUGGCUCUCUAAUAUAUUAUGAUUUUGGAAUGAUGGGUGAAAUAAAAUCAUUCACUCGAGAGAGAUUACUCUCCUUGUUCUAUUCUGUGUACGAGAAGGAUGCAAACAAGGUUAUGAAAGCUCUAAUUGAUUUGGAAGCUCUCCAGCCAACAGGAGAUCUCUCACCGGUUAGGAGGUCCAUACAAUUUUUCUUGGACAAUCUCCUGAGCCAGGCACCUGAUCAACAACAAACUCUGGCUGCAAUUGGAGAGGACUUGUUUGCGAUAGCACAAGAUCAACCUUUCCGUUUUCCAUCCACAUUUACAUUUGUCAUAAGGGCAUUCUCUACUCUUGAAGGCAUUGGAUACACAUUAGAUCCAGAUUUUUCAUUUGUCAAAGUCGCAGCACCGUAUGCACAGGAACUGUUAGAGUUGAAACAGAGACGAGCAGGUGGACCUGAAUUAGUCCAGGAGAUAAGAAAGCAAGCAAAUGAUGCUCGUGAGUCUACCAUAUCAAUGCCCUACAGAAUACAGCGAAUUGAGGAUUUUGUGGGGCAACUCGAGUCCGGUGAUCUGAAACUCAGGGUCAGAGUACUUGAGUCGGAACGAGCUGCUCGGAAAGCUACUGUACUUCAGAUGGCAACCAUGUAUACAGCCUUGGGUGGUACUCUCUUUAACGUUGGGGUCACGUUGAAUAGUCAAGGGAACCAAAUAAUCGCAAAUGGUUCUUUCAUUGGUGCAGGCAUUUUUUUGGCGUUACUGAUCAGAUCUAUGCAAAGAGUGAAGAAACUUGACAAAUUCGAGACAAUGAUAUGAUCGUCUUGUAAAACUCAUGUCAACGAAACAGUAUCUUCCUCUGUAAAGAAAUUACAUGGCUUAUAGUCUAUAUAUAUAGUUUAUAUGUAGGAAAUGCCAUUCUUUUUGAAGAAUGACCUAGCUUGUGGCACUUGUAAAUCUGUACAAACUGUAUCAUUCUUUGGCCCACGAGGUUAAUCAUACCAACCAGUCGACAAAGCAAGGAAAGCAAGAGAAUUUAAGCUU